AUGCGUGUCUUUAAUGCAGCUCUUCUCGCCUUUAUGGCUGUUACAGCCUUGGCAUCCCCAGGACCAAACCGACCAUCCGUCAAAUGCCACCCGAAGCAACCUUCAAGGCCGUUCCCACACUCACCCCCUAGAAAUCCCAAACGGAUUUGCACAGUUCUAGCAGAGACUGCUGACGCCGGGCCUUCUAUCCUUGCUGCCGCUCGAAAGUGUAACCAUGGCGGCACGGUGUAUUUUCCUCCAGGCAAGACCUACACCAUUGCUACAGUUUUGGACCUGACGUUCCUUGCCAAUAUUGACUUCGCCAUCUUGGGAAAUAUUAAAUUCAAAGACGACCUCACGUAUUGGCAGGCACAUGCGUUUCAGUACUCCUUCCAAAGUGCUAGUCUGUUCUGGCGUUUUGGUGGACGAGAUGUAAAUAUUUAUGGCUUGGGUACAGGCUCGAUUGAUGGAUUAGGAGACACAUGGUGGGCAGCUUGGGCUACCAACAGUUCUGUUGCUCGGCCCAUUCUUUUUGGGACUGACGGAUUGCACGGUGCAACAAUUUCAGGACUUAAGCUGAUUAACCCGCCAAACUGGUUUAAUUUUAUCUCGAACUCAUCGGAGGUCAUCAUUAGCGACAUGAAUCUGAGCGCAAUUAGCAAGAAUGCUAGUGUUGCAGUAAAGAAUUCUGACGGAUGGGAUACAUAUCGGAGCUCAAACAUAGUAAUUCAAAAUUCCGUUAUUCAUAACACUGAUGAUUGUGUCUCGUUCAAGCCAAAUUCCACAGAGAUUAUUGUGCAGAAUCUAAGGUGUACAGGAUCCCACGGAAUCUCAGUAGGAAGUCUUGGCCAGUAUCAAGGGGAGUUUGACAUUGUUGAGAACAUCCACGUUUACAACAUCUCAAUGAGCAACGCGACUGAUGGGGCGCGAAUCAAGAUUUGGCCUGGUGUGGCACCUGGAACUGUUGGAUCUACUGUCGGUGGAGGUGCAGGUCGUGUUAAAAAUAUCACAUAUGAGAAGUACACAAACAUCAACAAUGACCAGGUCAUCGCCCUUACCCAGUGUUACGCAACGUCAAACACAACGCUAUGUGCUCUAUAUCCGUCCGAGAUUAUAGUUAAGGACGUCAUUUUUAACGACUUUGUCGGUGUUAUGUCAAAGAAAUACGACCCAAUCGCAGGAUACCUUAUUUGCAGUGUGUAG